AUGCUGUUUGCCACCAUUGCUCUUCAAUGUGCUCCUCAGACUUACCAGAUGACUUUGCUCACCAUCACUGCUUUUCAACGCCACUUCUUGGAGGCCAUCACCUGUUAUGACUUUCUGACCAAAUUCAAAGACAUGAAAAUUAAUGUCUUGGUAGAACCGGAGGUUGAUGCCUCCAUCAUGGGUUGCAUUACAGCAUCUGUUGAUAUUGCUAUUGAAAUGUACUACAGCAGCAUGCCAGUUUGGUUGGUGCAAAGGCCCGAAGAAAUCUCCAUGAAAACUACAAUCAUUGGUACACUUGGCUUUUCACCAAUUCCAGGAAUUAUUUUGCAGCACAUGGCGGGAGCAAACCCCGUUUUUUCUGGGGAUGCUAGUGCUGUUCACAAUUGUGCAUGCCAGGCUCUCAAGAUUGGUAACAUUUGUCUUGGUCACAGCUCUUUUAUGGCCCACCCUGGAGAAUUUGCAAAUCCUUCAGGGAGCUAUUACACGCCAUUGUAUAGUCAGCCUUUAGGACCUACUUCAAACACCCCUGCUUCCAAUGAUUGUCCUUUAAUUUCAGCUACACCGGUAACAUCCACCACUUCUGUCCAGUAG